AUAACGGAUUUUUAUCGCUGAAAAUACAGUUGGAGCCGCUUAUCCAGUGCGCGCGCCGCCGCAGCUCCACGUUGUAGCGAAUGUCAGCCAGCUGUUGGUGUUGACAAAACAGAAAAACGCUGUAUUAAAAGCAACCCGAGGAACAGCACCGCGGGCACAGCAGAUCAAAUGUUGGUCCCACUGAUGCACCGGAGCUCUGGGAGGAUUUAAAGGGACAAAGUGCUGAGGAUGGAAUAAGGCUGAUUUAUGGUUUUCUUCUUCUGCUGCUUUAUUUGUCCGCUUUAAGACGCCAUUGAAGAAGAGCUUGGACGGCAUGCAAAGUUGUGAAAUUUCCUCAGACAGCACUGAUGAUCCUCUUAGUAGCGGCCUACGCAGUCAUCGGCAGCCUCGAAUAGUAGUGAUUGGUGCUGGCUUGGCCGGCCUUGCUGCAACUAAGGUCCUCCUGAAAAACGGCUUCACGGAUGUCACUGUCCUAGAGGCGUCAGACCACAUCGGCGGGAGAGUUCAGAGUGUCCAGCACGGAGCUGCAACUUUGGAGCUUGGAGCUACCUGGAUCCAUGGUGCCAAUGGGAACCCGGUGUACCACCUGGCAGAGGACAACGGGCUGCUGGAACACACCACAGAUGGGGAGAGGAGCGUGGGACGCAUCAGCCUGUACACCAAGAAUGGUGUGGCUCACUACCAGACCAAUGUUGGGAAGAGGAUCCCCAAGGACCUGGUGGAGGAGUUCAGUGAUCUGUACAACGAGGUGUACGAGCUGACUCAGGAGUUCUUCCAGAACGGGAAGCCAGUUUGUGCUGAGAGCCAGAACAGUGUUGGCGUUUUUACACGAGAUGUGGUGCGCAAGAGGAUCAUGUUGGAUCCUGACGAUUCUGAGAGCAUCAAGAAGCUCAAACUGUCCAUGCUUCAACAGUACCUCAAGGUGGAGAGCUGUGAGAGUAGUUCUCCCAGUAUGGAUGAGGUGUCUCUGAGUGAAUUUGGUGAGUGGACAGAGAUCCCCGGUGCACAUUAUGUCAUUCCUGAAGGUUUUAUGAAGAUCGUGCAGCUCCUGGCCCAGGACAUCCCCACUCCCACCAUCUGCCUUAGCAAACCGGUCCGCCGCAUCCACUGGAACUACUCGGCCCAGCAUCAGGAGGUGAUCGCCAAGAUCAGCGACACCAACCAGGACAACAACCACAAUGACAACAACCACUGCUGCCAACCUCACAAAGACCGUCUGAUCCUGGGCCACCCCAUCUACGUGGAGUGCGAGGACGAAGAGUGGAUCAAGGCCGACCACGUCAUCGUGACAACCUCUCUGGGUGUGCUCAAGCAGAACCACGAGGCCAUGUUCUCCCCCUCCCUGCCCGAGGACAAGGUGCUCGCCAUCGAGAAGCUGGGCAUCAGCACCACCGAUAAGAUCUUCUUGGAGUUCGAAGAGCCCUUCUGGAGCCCGGAGUGCAACAGCAUCCAGUUUGUGUGGGAGGACGAGGCUCAACUGGAGCAGCUGGCCUACCCCGAGGAGCUGUGGUACAAGAAAAUCUGCAGCUUCGAUGUCCUCUACCCACCUGAGCGCUACGGCCACAUGCUGAGCGGCUGGAUCUGUGGGCAGGAGGCGCUGUACAUGGAGCGCUGCGAUGACGAAACGGUGGCUGAGACCUGCACUGACCUGCUGAGGCGCUUUACAGGGAACCCUGACAUUCCAAAGCCCCGGCGUGUCCUGCGUUCUUCGUGGGGCAGCAACCCGUACAUCCGAGGCUCCUACUCCUUCACCAGGGUCGGAUCCAGUGGUGCAGACUGUGAGAGGCUGGCCAUGCCGCUGCCUUAUGCCAACAGCACCAAGGCUCCACCCCUACAGGUCCUGUUUGCAGGAGAGGCCACCCACAGAAAAUACUAUUCCACUACCCAUGGUGCACUGCUGUCAGGACAGAGGGAGGCCACUCGCCUGGCGGAGAUGUACCAGGACUUGCACAGAGCGGAAACCACAAAGCCUAAUAUAUAACAUACAAAACGAACCUCUCACUAGUGAAGAAAUCACACAACCGUUGAGUUGAAGCUUUUUACCUUGAUGAUUAAGUUAUACUUAAAAGCAUAGCUCGGGCAUUAUUACACUGAUAACAAAUGAGUAUUGUUUCUGUUGUACUGUAGAUUUGAAUCAUGAAACAUUUUAUUUGAGAUGUACUGUUCAAAAGUUGCCAAUGGUGCUGUCAUUUCUUGUCUUUACCAUUCUGUCAUUAUGUUUUUUUUUUAAUCAGUAAUUUAAUGUUUAUCAUAACAGCAUCUGUAAUUUAACUUGUUUUUGUAAGUGCCUUCUGUACGUAAUGCUAUGUUAUUUCAAAAAUAAUGGAAAUACUAAACAAAAACAGAGAAAAUUUUAACAUAAUAAAAGUUUUAUCAUCGUCUAACAAUAUCAGUUUUCUUGAUCCAAAAAAAUGCACGACGUCAGAUGUUUAUCCCCUUCUGUCCACAUGAAGAUUUUCCAGCUAAGCAUGACCACAAGUUUUUCCACACUAUCAUCGCUUUGGUAUCAGAAAAUGAGCGCACAUGGAAAGAAAGCAAAAUGCUCCAAAGCUACUGUAAAAAGCUUUGCCAAAGAGACAGAUGGCGUUCAAACAGACCUCAACCACAGUCCUCACGUCUGUUGGAUGACACUGUCGCUUCUCUUCAUUAGUGACAAACACCGUCAGGGGCUAAAAGAAAAACCUGGGGAAGUUUGAAUUAGCAACAACAACACAAAAGACAAGGAAAACAGGUUCAACAUAAUAUAUUUCCUCCCUACAUUUGCCACCUUUCACCAUCAUGUGAAAAGCGUUAGAAAAGUUACUUCUAAAAUAUUUCACUAUAAAUUACAGAAAACAUAGCCUUUAUUAGGUUGUCAGUUACAUUAAUCAAGGUGAGAAUUAAAACUGCAUCUAUCGGUGCAAAUGAAUGCGACAUUUACACAAUAAAGAGACUCAUGUUUUGUUUUUGUUCAAAGGUUUCCAGACAUUGAGUCAAAAGAAUUAGUCUUAUCCUGAUAAUAUGCAUAACAGGGUUGCAUGAGGUAGAGUGACACAUUCAAUGAAAGACAACACUGUCAUUGAAAUAUGACAAAUAGAAGAAAGGACAUAGCUUUGCUCUUCCCAUAUUUUUUUUUUAAUAAAACUGAUGUUAAUUCCACA